CUCUGUAAAAAAAAAUGUUGCAGUUUUUAGUUUUUUCGUUACUAAUAUUAAACAAUGGGGUGGAUGUGCAUUCAUUUUCACUUCCAGUAGUUUCGGAUAUUCAAGAAAUGAUCGCGCUGGCCAAUGACAUCCAGAAUGUUUGGGCUGGAAACAUUCCAUUUAAAAGUCUUGUUACAGAUGUGGUGAAUCCAGCAACACUGGCUUUAGAGAAACUUGAUUCUUUAUCGGAGCAAGUAUCUAACUUGGCCGUGGAACUUAGUGAAAAAAUGGAUAACAUAGUAGAAGAAUUAGUGACACAGAUUCCCCUGGCCCAAGAACUUUCAGCAGCCAUGCGAGACUUCCACAAUGUUAUCACUCGUGUUGAUUUGCUUUAUGAUGACUUCAAAGAUUUUUCGAGUGAAGGAGGAUUCAACUCUCACACAUUGAAUUCCUUUCUUAAAUCUGUAACAUCCAGAGAUGCUAAUGACAUACCAGAUGCUGUGAAUCAAAUGCAUGCUCUUUUUGUACCUGGACGAUCAUCUUCAAUACGAGAAAAUAUCCUAAAUCUCAUGGUUAAAGCAAAAGCGAAACCAGAUGAUAUGUGUAAUCCAAGCUUCUCAUUUCAAGAACGUUUAUACGAAAUUUUCAACAUCGUUUCUCUAACUGAAAUCAGAGCUUUCAUGAUGACGAUGUUUGCUUAUGAUUACCUUGCUACUUCAACAAAUGAGCCAUACGUUAAAGAAGUAAAAAAAGCUACCGCAAAAUUUGUAAUGAGAAUGGAAGAAUACAUAUUAACUAUCAAAAAUAAGAUGACAGCAGUUUCACGGAUAGUAUUUCCAUGCGAUCCUCCAGAAUGGAUUCGAGGUGAAACAUUCGUUGAAUUAGAAGGCUUAAUGACGGGCUACUUGAUGAGUGAACCACAAGGAUUUUCUGAUGAUACAUGUCGUUAUACUUGCAGUGAUAUAAAUACAAUGAAAACUUAUCGAUGCUUUACAUGGGACAAGAGUUCUGAUCCUUACCUAAAGAAUAAGGCUACUUAUUGUCAACGAAAAACAUGUCUAGGAAGAGCUUAUUUUUGCGGUACAAUAGGUUACAGUGUUGACGUUUGUGAAUAUCCAGAAAGCUCACUGAGACGCUACAAAUAUAUAUCAAGUCAAGGAGGUGGUUCCACAUAUGGUUCGAAAGAAGGGGGUUGUAGUGGAAACGGACUCAAUAAAACUGAAUUAGGCGCUUUAACCUCUGGUUUCUAUAGGUGCGAUACUUGUCUCUGUAGAUGUGUAGAAACAUUGCCAGAAUCGAAGGCCACACGAGCUGUAUCCUUCAUGCCUCAGUAUUCUGAUGUCUCAGGCAAUAAGGUGAUAACAAACUUUAGAUUUACUGAAAAAAAUAAAAUGAUACAAAUUGAAGUUGAAGAAUCAGAUCUUUUACCUCAACUUCGUGUUAAUAUCAAUGAAUCUAGAUGGAUCCCGUUAGAGGAGUAUACCUAUAAUAUGGGCAAAUUUUAUCGUAAUAAAGAUAAAAAAGAACUCAGAGAAAACGUGGACUUUGCAUUUAUAACUGACAAACGAAGGACUUUCAAUUUAGAUGAUAUAUUAUUACCACCUAAUCAUGUUUUAACUGGGAUUCGAUUAAAUAAUGUUAAUCCAAAUGAUAACUCAAGUCCAAUACAAAUAGAAUUACAUGCAACACCUGUUGAUGACUUCAACGAAGGUAAAAUUGGUAAAAAACCAUCUAUUUGGAUAACACCAAAGAAUCAGCCAACUCCUCCCAAGCGAUAUGCAGAAAAAAGAACUGAAGUAAAUUAUGGAAAAAAAGUAGAUCCAAGGAAGUCACCAAAAAAUAUUGUAUUUUCGAAAAUAAAUGAGUUUAUUAUGUUUGGUCCUUCAAAUAUUUAUGAUGAUGCUGGGCAAACCACCAUUCCUCUUUUCGAUGCACAACCUGUAACAGUUAACCGAACUCUAGCAUUAGCUGGUGCUGGAAUGUUCGUUAGAGGUGCAAAGGAUUAUGGAGGGUUCAUUGCUUUCAGAGCUUAUACCGCUAACUUUGGGGAUUAUAUGAAUGCAAAUAUGAAGAAAAAGCAAUUGAAACAAUUUAAAAAAUUGUAUCGUGAAUUGCUCGCAUAUGAUCCACCAGUUAUACCAUAAAAUAGCCGUUUUAAAUAAUUGAUACUACAAAAUAGGCAAUUACAUACUUGAUCAUACAUAUACUAUAAAAAUAUAUAAUAAUAUAGAUUUACAUUACCUUGAUCAAAAUAGGCUUUUUUCAUUAAAUCAGCAUCCCUCUUACAAGAAGCUUCAUAAAGGUCGAAUCCAUUUCAAAUCAUUAUUUUGUUUUUUUAUAAAUCUUAUACAAUUACAUAGAGUAAUGGUGGUUUCCAACUGUGAUGUUAUUUGGUCUAGGUUAGAUAAUUUUUUAUUUAAACUGCAAAUAAAUGUUUACAGAAUUAGUCAUGUUAUUAUUAAAAUAAUUUUAUUAAAAAUAACAUUGUUUUAUAGGUUAAUAAUUGAAGGAAUUUAAUUCUCAUUAUGAUUUGUUGGAAGUUUAUUUUCUAUUGUUGAUUGUAUACCUUUUCAUUCUUGUAGACAAUU